AGCGAGACCACGGGUUUUGCAGUUUCACCGUUAACAGGACCUUUGCUUCCAACUUUGACGCCAGUUCUCGACGUGAUUUUGUUUUUCCUCUCUAUUCCCGUCUCCAAUCUCCGGUACCAUCACCAUGGUCGAUGCUUUUGUCGGAACCUGGAAGCUCACCGAAAGCGAUAAUUUCGAUGCCUACAUGAAAGCUUUGGGUGUGAGUUUCGCUACUCGCCAAGUUGGGAAUGUUACCAAACCGACGAUUAUCAUCAGCAAAGAGGACGAUAAAAUAGUGCUGAAGACCCUGAGUACCUUUAAAAAUACUGAAAUCAGUUUCAGACUCGGGGAAGAGUUUGACGAGACCACCCCUGAUGACCGAAAUUGCAAAACAACGGUGACUUUGGACGGUGACAAGCUUGUCCAUGUUCAGAAAUGGGAUGGAAAAGAAACAACUUUUGCCAGGGAGAUCAAGGAUGGUAAAAUGGUUAUGACCCUCACAUUUGACGAUAUUGUUGCCGUUCGUACCUAUGAGAAGGCAUAACGUUCCAUGGGGAGCAAGCCCCGUGCCCCUGUCAGAGCAAUCGGGGUCCGAUUUAUUGGACUCCCCAUGACAAUAUUUGAAAUCUGGAGCGGCCCUUCCUCUGGCAUUUCUGUAACUUACAGGGAUUUCCACUAGUGGGGGAGGGGGGCUUUGAGUCCACGGACCUUUUUUUGUAACAAGAUUCGAAAUACCGCAUUUUAUGUUGUACAAUGUAACAGGAAUAACAAGUUUUGUAAUAUCUGUACAUCGAUUAACCACUUUUUUAUACAUAAAACGGAGUUCAGUUGUGGAAGGCCUGUCUUUUAGUCGCAAUGACAAGUUGAAAAGGUUAAUAAAAGAGUUGCUCUGAAA